AUGGGCUCCGCCGGAAAACCCGCCGACAUCGUAACCGACCCGGAGCCAGGACCCGAGACUUCUCUCCUCCUCAACCCUCACCAAGGAUCAACAACCAAAACCCCUCCCGAUUCCUUCUACUUGGCUUACAUCAUCUACUUCACGCUCGGCGUCGGCUUUCUUCUCCCAUGGAACGCCUUCAUCACCGCCGUCGAUUACUUCUCCUACCUCUACCCUUCAGCCGCCGUCGAUCGGAUCUUCGCCGUUGUUUACAUGGUCGUCGGACUUGUCGGUAUCCUCGUUAUCGUCGUCUUCUACGCGCAUAAGAGCCUCGCUAGCUUCAGGAUCAAUCUCGGCCUCAUACUCUUCGUGAUCGCCUUGCUUGUGGUCCCUGUUUUGGACCUGGUCUAUGUCAAGGGGCAAGUCGGUUUAUACGCCGGAUUCGUUAUCACCUCCGUCGCGCUUGCCGUCUCCGGUCUCGCCGAUGCGCUCAUGCAGGGAGGUCUAAUCGGCGUAGCUGGUGAAAUGCCUGAGAGGUAUACGCAAGCUAUUAUCGCCGGAACUGCUGGCUCCGGUGUUCUUGUUUCACUAUUGAGGAUCUUGACUAAAGCCGUGUAUCCUCAAGAUCCUGAUGGGCUAAGAAAAAGUGCGAACCUUUACUUUGCUGUUGGAAUCGUUGUGAUGGUGAUCUGUGCUGUGUCCUACAACGUGGCGCAUAGACUUCCGGUGAUCAAGUUCUAUGAAGAGCGCAAGGCUCAAGCGCUACUCAAGGAGAGUGAAGAGAACGGUUCUUUGACCGGACCGGUAUGGAGGAAGACACUGUGGCAGAUCGUGACGAGGAUCAAGUCUCAUGGUUUCGGGAUCAUUCUCAUAUACGUCGUGACGUUGUCGAUAUUCCCUGGCUACCUCACCGAGGAUGUUCACUCCGAGGCUCUUAAAGAUUGGUACCCUGUUCUGCUCAUUGCAGCAUUCAACGUGUUUGACUUGGUUGGGAAGUCUUUGACCGCUGUGUUCAUGGUCGCUGAUGAGAAGAUCGCUGUUGGUGGUUGCAUCGCUAGGCUCUUGUUUUACCCUCUCUUUUGGGGUUGCUUGCACGGUCCGAUGUUUCUAAGGACCGAGAUCCCUGUAGCUAUACUGACAUGCUUAUUGGGACUCACUAACGGGUACUUGACAAGCGUCUUGAUGAUUCUGACUCCAAAAGCUGUUCCACUGAACCAAUCUGAGACCGCGGGUAUCGUCAGUGUUCUGUUCUUGGUUAUUGGUUUGGCCUCUGGGUCUGUCUUGGCUUGGUUUUGGGUCAUCUGA